GUGAUGGGGUGAUGUUGUUGAUGUGGUGAUGUUAGUGAUGAUGUUGAUGUGAUGGUGAUGUUGGUGAUGAUGGUGAUGUUGAUGUGAUGGUGAUGAUGCUGGUGAUGUUGGUGAUGUUGGAGUUGUAGAGGCCGCCUUUGUGUGAGGAGCGACGGCCGCUGGGGGAAGGUGUCUCCUCUUCGCAGCGAGGCUGCGGUGCUGCCGGCGACGGCCCCGGCGGCGGCGGCGGCGGCGUGCACCCGGCGGUCAGCGGGAGGCGAGAGAAUCGCCGGCACGGCCCCCACACCACCACCACCACAACCACAACCACCGCCACAACCACCACCACAAUCACCGAGAGAGGACCCCCUCGGAAUCAUGGCGAGCAGCCUGCUGCAGGGCAAGGCCUUCUACUGCCGCGACUGGGCCUUCCAGAAGCUGCAGCACUACCUGGACGGCCGCGGCCGCGGCGGCGACGGCGGCGGCGACGGCGACGCCGGCGGCGGCGGCGGCGGCGGCGCCGUCGCCGGGGCGCUGGUGCUCGGCGGGCCCGGCAGCGGCAAGACGGCGCUCUGCUCCGAGCUGGUGUGGCCCACGUCGGCCGCCGUGCGCCAGAGGGGCCUGCACGAGCGUGUGCUGGCCUACCACUUCUGUCAGGCGUGUUCGCUGCCCGCCUCCCGCGUCUCAGCGGGUCGCUUCGUGCGCUCCCUCGUGGCCCAGCUGAGCGUCGCCCCCGGGCCGCCGCCGCCGCCGCCGGCGCUGGCGGCGCCGGCGGCGCGGGCCGCCCUGCGGCCGGGGCAGGCCGAGCGCGACCCUGACGAGGCCUUCCGCAGGGGGGUGCUGCUGCCCCUGCUGAGCAUGGAGCCCCCACCCCACCCCCUGCUGCUCGUCGUGGACUCCGUGGACGAGGGGGGGAGCCUAGCGGCGAGCGCUCCCAUUGGCCGCAGCCGCGGCGUGGCCGAGCUGCUGGCCAAUCAGCAGGAGCUGCUGCCCCCGUGGCUGCUGCUGGUGAUCACGGCGCGCAAGCACAGCCGGCACGUCACACGCCUCUUCAGCGGCUUCCGCCGCCUCUGCCUGGACGACCUGCGCAAGGCGUGCGUGGUGAAGGACGUGCAGCGCUACAUCCUGUGCCGCCUCGACCGCGAGGAGGCCCUCCGGCGGCAGCUGACGCCCGACACGGCCGACGUGCUCAACCAGCUGCACAUCAAGAGCAACGGCUGCAUCCUGUACCUGGAGCGGGCGCUGGACGGGGCCGCCGGCGGGCUCGUCGCCCUCGCCGACGUCCGCGGCAUCCCCGGCACCCUCAACGGCCUCUACCUGUGGCUGUGCCAGCGGCUGUUCGCCCGCAAGCAGUUCGGGCGCGUCCAGCCGGCGCUCAACGCCGUGCUGGCCGCCGGCGGGCCGAUCGCCGAGGACGAGAUCUACGGCGCCGUGCGGACGCGCAACGCGGCGCUCACCCGGGACGAGUUCGCCCGGCGGACGCUGCCGGCGCUCGGCAGGGUGCUGGCGGACGCCGGCGCCGGCAAGAUCCUCUUCCACCGCAGCUUCGCCGAGUGGCUGCUCGACGUGAAGCACUGCACCCAGAAGUUCCUGUGCAGCGCCGCCGAGGGUCACGCCAUGCUCGCCGCCAGCCUGGCGCUGCGCGGUCGCCGCCUCUCGCCGGCGCGGACGCUGGACCUGGCGCACCACCUGGCGCGCGCCGGCCUGGGGCUCCGCGCGCACCACCUGGCGCUGUGGCUGGCGUGGAGCGGAGCGCCGGUGGGCGCGGCGCUGAGGCACGCCGAGGCCGGCGGCGGCGGCGGCGGCGGCGGCGGGUACGACGAGAACACGCUGCGGCUGCUGGCGGCCGCCGGCGGCCUCGGCGGGGACCCGGCGGGGGACGACGCCGCGGCCGCGGCCGCCGCCGCCGCCGACGACGUGGACCGGGCGGACGCCGAGGGCCGCACGCCGCUGGCCCGCGCGGCGCGCGCCGGCGACGCCGAAGCGGCCGCCCUCCUGCUGGCGCGGGGCGCCGACCCGGAGGCGGAGGACGCCGACGGGCGCGCGCCGCUGAACCUGGCGGCGCGGCAGGGCCACGCCCGCGCGGUCGCCCUGCUCCUGGCGCGGGGCGCCGACCCCGACCACGCCGACCGCGACGGCUGGACGCCGCUGCGCGCCGCCGCCCGGGGCGGCCACGGCGAGGCGGUGUCGGCGCUGCUGGCCGCCGGCGCCCGCGUGGACCGCGCCGACCGGCGCCGGCGGACGGCGCUGCGGGCGGCCGCGUGGGGCGGCCACGAGGCCGUGGCGCUGCGGCUGCUGGCGGCGGGCGCGGCGGCGGACCGGCCCGACGCGGAGGGGCGCACGCCGCUCAUCGCCGCGGCCUACAUGGGCCACGCCGACGUCGCCCGCCGGCUGCUGGACGCCGGCGCCCGCGUGGACCACCGCGACGCCGACGGGCGCACGGCGCUGGCCGUGGCGGCCCUCGGCGCGCCGGGCGGCGGCCACGCGGCCGCGGCGGCGCUCCUCCUGGAGCGGGGCGCCGACCCGGACCUGGCCGACCGCGACGGCGCCACGCCGCUGCUGGCGGCCGCCUCGGAGGGCCGCGCCGACGUCGCCGAGCUCCUGCUGGAGGCCGGCGCCGACCCGGACCUGGCCGACCGGCGCGGCGCCACGCCGCUGCUGGCGGCCGCGGCCGCGGGCCGGCCGGAGGCGGCGGCCGCCCUCCUGCUGUGGGGCGCCGCCGCCGACGCGGUGGACGCCGACGGCCGCACGGCCCUGGGCCUGGCGGCGGCCCGCGGCUGCGAGGGCUGCGUGGGCCUCCUGCUGCGUCGGGGCCUCGACGAGAGCCACCGGGACGACGCGGGGUGGACGCCGCUGCACCUCGCGGCGUUCCGGGGCCGGGCGGCGGUGUGCGAGGCCCUCGCCGGGCACGGGGCCCGCGUCGGCGAGGCGGACGACGACGGCCGCGUGCCGCUGGUGCUCGCCGCGCAGGAGGGCCACGAGCGCUGCGUGGAGGCCCUCCUGCGGCUGGGCUCGCCCGUCGACCGCCGGGGCUACGACGGGCGUAACGCGCUGCUGGCGGCCGCCCGCGAGGGCCACGCCGGCGUCGUCCGCCUGCUGCUGGGGCCCGCCGGCGGCGCCGACGCCGACUGCCGGGACGCCGACGGGCGCCCCGCCCUCUACGCCGUGGCGCUGGAGGGCCGCGCCGACGUGGCCCGGCUGCUGCUCGACGCCGGCGCCGACCCCGAGGCGGCCGACGCGGAGGGCCGCACGGCGCUGCACGCGGCCGCGUGGCGGGGCCACGUCGGGGCCGUGCGGGCCCUGCUCGAGGCCGGCGCCGACCCCGACUCGGAGGACGGCGAGCGGCGGACGCCGCUGCAGUCGGCCGCGUGGCGGGGCCGCGCCGGGGCCGUGCGGGCCCUGCUGGCCGGGGGCGCCCGGCCCGACCGCGCCUGCAACCAGGGCGCGACGGCGCUGUGCGUCGCGGCGCAGGAGGGCCACGCCGAGGCGGCGAGGGCGCUGCUGGAGGCCGGCGCCGACCCGGCGCACGCCGACCGCUUCGGGCGCACGCCGCUGCGCGUCGCCGCCCGGGGCGGCCACGCCGACAUCGUGCGCCUGCUGGAGGAGUUCGGCGCCGGUGGUGGGGGGGGGAGCGAGCAGCAGGAGCAGCAGCGGCGGCGGCAGCGGCGGCGGCCGCCGGACGCCCGCGGCGAGGCGCCGGGUUCCACGGUGACGUCCGCCGGAUCCGGUAGCGCCGGCGAGGGCGGCGCCUGCCGCCGGCGACAGCGCCGGCUGAGCGAGUCGUCGGAGUCGCCCGGCUCGACCGGCGACCGCCAGCGGUCCUCUCCGUCGAACCGCUCCCUGCAGAGCUCCAAGACCUCGUCGCUGCGCACCGCCACCUCCUCAUCGUCGUCGUCGGCAGCCACGGCGCAGACGGUGCCCUUCGACAGCCUCCAGCCCGGCGUAGCCGGCGCCGCCUGCGCCGGCUACGCCGCGCCGCCGCCGCCGCCGUCGCCGUCGGCGCUCAGCUUCACCGAGCAGAUCCAGCGGCACUCGCUACCGCGCAGCGGCGGCAGCAGCCGGGGCUCGUCGGCGCUGGCGUCGCCGGCCACGCCGGGCCGGGAGACGCCGGCGUGGCCGGCGCCGGCGGCGGCGCGGCGGGGCGCCCCGGCGGCGACGCCGGCGUCUCCCGGCGGGAGCAGCGCCUCGCCGGAGAGUCCGGUACGAGGCGCCGGCGACCGCCGCCACCGUCGGCGACGCGACCCGGCGUCGCCCACGGGCGGCACCGGCGCCGCCGGCGACGCCCGGCGGCCCUCCAGGACGAGCAGCGAGGACGCGGCGCCGGCGGUGUCUCCGCGGCGCCGGCUGCUCCUCGUCGCGCCGACGACCGCCGUCGGGACCGCCGCCGUCGCGGGCCGCGGCGACCCGGCGACGGCGGCGCCGUCUCCGCCGCCGGCGCCGCCGCCGGGAGCCGGGCACCAGCGGCGCUCGGAACCGCCGGGCGAAGAACGGCAACGGCAGCAGCAGCAGCAGCAGCAGCGGCAGAAGAAACGCAACGGCAUUGUCACGAACCCCAACUACGGCCUCAACCACGGCGCGCAGCAGCAGCAGCAGCAGCUAGCGGCGGCACCGGCGACGUUGCCGGCGUUGCCGACGUUGCCGGCGUGUCCCCGGCCCGCCGUGGAGCCGGUGCCGCUGGGCGCCAAGCAGGCGAUGAGGCUGCAGCUGGAGGGCGCCGCCCGCAAGAAGGAGACGCCGCUUUGA